AGGCGCUCGACAGGGAAGCAGCAGCAGGCAGCAAUCAUGUCUGAACACCGGCAGGGUCUCGUCUAUUUGAUCACUGGAGGCUGCGGAUUUCUCGGCAAACACCUUCUGAGGGUUCUGCUGGAGAAGGAGGACAAACUGGAGGAGGUGCGAGUGUUUGACAAACACAUCGACUCCGAUUUAAAGGGACUCGGCACAGAGAGGACAAAGGUGGUGGCCAUUCAGGGAGACAUCACAGACUACAGCAGUGUGUUGGAGGCCUCUCGGGGGGUCGACGUCGUCAUCCACACAGCCAGCCUGGUGGACGUCUGGCACAGAGUCCCAGAGAAACUCAUCUUCUCUGUCAACGUCACAGGGACGAAGAAUAUCAUCAAUGCCUGUGUGGAUUGCGGCAUCGAAUGCCUGGUUUAUACCAGCAGCAUGGAAGUGAUUGGUCCCAACAUGAAUGGAGACCCCUUUAAGAGGGGGAAUGAAGACACGAAAUACCUCGUCAAACACACAAUGGCCUAUCCAAGGAGCAAGACAGAGGCGGAGAAAAUGGUGUUGGCCGCAAAUGGCACCAAGGUAAAGGGCGAAAAGUGUUUGUACACUUGCUCCUUGAGGCCAACGGGGAUUUACGGCGAAGGCCAUCCACUUAUCAAGGACUUCUAUGAUAUGAGUGUUCAAAGGGGAGGCCUGGUUAUUGGAGGCAUCCCAGACCACAUUGAACACGGCCGGGUCUAUGCAGGCAACGUGGCCUGGAUGCAUCUACUGGCAGCCCAAGCGCUGAGGAAGAACCCGCAGAAGAUUGGAGGAGAAGCUUUCUUCUGUUACGAUGACUCACCCUACGAAAGCUACGAGAAUUUCAACAUGAUAUUGCUCUCCGUCUUUAACUUGAGAAAGAAGCGUAUCCCUGCAAUUAUGCUCUGGUUCCUGGCCAUGUUUAAUGACCUGCUCCGCUGGAUAGUAAGCCCCGUAUACAACUACACACCGUUACUAAACAGUUACACAUUAGCUGUGGCCUGUACCACCUUCACAGUGAGCACUGACAAAGCCCAGCGAUAUUUCCAGUAUCGCCCCCUGUAUGGCUGGGAUCAAUGUCUCACCCGAACACAAAAAUGGAUCGAGACAUUCCCUUUAAGUAAAACCAAAGACUCCUGAUGUAACACACACCAGAGAUUGCUAUGCAGAAAAGCAGGAUCCCAGGUAUCUGUGCUUGUAAAAUUUGCUGAUUUUUUUAAAGCAAAAACAACCUCACAGUAUGCACAGUGUAUAUGAUUGAGCUUUGUAGAAAAACAAAUCAGUUUCAACUGUAUACACAUACAUACAGACUCACAUACAGAACGUAUGUUAAUGAACAAGUAAUUGUUCAAUUCAGAAAAAAUAAAUUGUGAAAGUUUUAAUAGUAUUUUAUGUAAUUUAUAUUUAUAAGAGAUCUUAAAUUGAGCUUCUGAGAACAAAUGUCAUUAUGUUAACACCAGUAUCAAAGAGAGUACAGGGUUAAACAUAAGAACAAAGGGAGAAGGCAAUAUUAAACAUGGAUUCUGAUGUUGUUUGUAUAAGCUUCAUUCCAAAGCCACUUAAAGGAGCUCACGGCAAAAGUCAGACAUUUGUUAUUACUGUCUUUGUUAUGUCCGUGUACAGUGUUUAAAACAAAUAUAAAUAAACAUUAUGAAAUCAUUAAGGUAUAGCGCAUAUCUUAAAUAGAAUGUAUUUAGAUCUAAAAAACAUUGUACAUGACACACUGUAAAUUGUACAAUUUACAAGCAUAUACUAAUAAAUGUCAGUAAUAUAUAUUACUAACUUUUUUUAUUUUGUAUAAUCUGUAAAAUUGUUAAUAUGAUGUAUAAAAAGUACAUAGUUAUUUUGGUAAUUGUCUUAUUUUAAUAAAAUAAAAUGAAAUUGUUACUUA